AUGAACAAAUCGCUCUAUCUGAAACAGGAGGGCUCUGUCAUUAAUGCGCCACCCGUGCGUGUGCCCGACAAACGACCACGUAAGCUACAAGAACUUUCUGAACGACUCACCACUAAUGAGUAUCCUGAGUUCCUUCGUGCACCACCGCCUAACAGCACACGCACUAGACCUACGCACACACUAAACCAAGUCAAUCCAAUUCAAGAUGCACCGUAUGACAAUUUUCCAAAACACAUGCAGCACUUUAACAUCACACUCACUGACCCCAACACUAAUCAAGCACCAAACGAUCCAGCUAACCAUCCCAUGCGACUCAAUAUUCAGCCUAUUCGUAGCUUUACAGGAAUAAUUUCCGAUGACGACGAUGAAGAGGAAGAUUCUGCUGAAGAGAUACCUCGACGUGCUGCUGGAGUUGCACAGGCUCACGCUCGUGAGCCGAUCGGACUCGAGCACUUCCACGCACCGUCACCGUCCUUCAGAGGAGCAGCUCAUCCACAAGCGAUUCACGGUAAGAAGAUCGCAAAGAUCCCCGCCAUUCACAUGGAUGGAUUGAGCACCUCCAGCACAGAAGUUUUCGAAGAUAAUCAGGACGGCCUGGCACGAACUGAUCGCCCACAAACAAUCACUGGCCAGCGAGUGUCCAGGAUCACACUGCGUCCUCACAGCACCACCGAAGCACCCCAUCCACCUUCCACCACUUCAAGAAGUUCCACGGUCACUGCUGUAAGAAGCACUAGUCCUAGCUCGACCACGACUAGACGAACCCCUCGCACAGAAAGCACCACCACUGCCAAUGCUGACGAACUGCAAAGUAGCACGGUAGCCACAGAGACCAGUUACGGUACCACGCCAGAAGGAGCACCACUGGAAGGACAAGCACCUUUAGAAACGGUCUCCUAUUCUUCCACGACCGAAGCAAAUACUUCUGAGACCGACGCCUACAGCGAUGUCACGCAGACAAAGCUUCUUGAGACGACUACCGCAGUCGGCACAGAAUCUACUACAGAGAGUUUGCGCGAUUAUUCCAGCACUCUUAGUUCACACUCCACCUCAGACUCUUCUUCCAGCAGUCCUUUGCCAACAGAUGGCGAUGUUUCUGAGGGAACGUACCUACCCACCACUGCAAAAAGCACCAACGCACCUCUUUCAUCGAGCACAUCGUCUUCCAGUGAGCCUGCUGAUGAAAUUGUGGCCUCUGAUGAGGGCGCUGUCACGUCUGUCAGUUUGUCUGCUAUUCUAUCUACCACCAUUUCACCUGCAAGCACCGACAGUGGUGUCACAGUCACUAGUGACGUGACGUCAGAUACCUUUUCCACAAGCACAGCCAUUCCAUCGCAUGCUGAGUCCACCACCAGCACUUCAGAAGAGACAACAGUCGCACCCAUAUCCACCGACAGUAGCACAACUGUCGUCGACAGCAGCACGGCAAGCACCACUCUCCCUGAAAAUCCCCACACAAAGGAGGCAAAUAUCCCCCAUCAAUCGCUGGGUGGUAGUGACAACACUAUUGACCACGAUGCCAAAACUUCUGAUGAUGAGCAUACCUCUGAGGAAGAAAUUGAAUUUUUCGAUCCUAACAAUUUGCCUCCUCCACCACCAGAGAACGAUCGUCGUCCACCAAUGAAGAUAGAACAGCCGCAUUUGUAUGGUGAGACGAUUAAAGCCCUGAAAAAAGUCGAAAUCUUGCCGAAGUCCAUCAUCACUGGCAGUGCACCCACUUUCACGGCAAGCUCCACCGACAGCACAAUUCAGUCCACCACUGUCGACCCUACUCUCGCUGAAAAUGGCGACUCCUCUCCAGAGCACGUUCCUUCUCAUUCAUCUUUUGAAAUGUCUAGUUCAGAAGAUAUGGCCGGGUACUCUGUAGGACGAGAACCUGUGCCGCUCUCACCAGUUGGAAUCGGACGCAAUAUGGAACGGCUAGACAUUGACGGGCUAGCACCAGUGCCCACAACAGCUUCGCCAAGUACGACGCAUUCCGCAACGGCUCCUCCUGUGCCGAGAGCUAUCGCACCAGCACGUGUACAACCACCGGAACAGAGAGAAUUCGACGCUCGAGUUUGUUUGCGCACUACCACCGGACCAGGAUCAUGCGUCGAUGUAUCGUCUCGAUGGUCUUGCAACGCCAUAAGCAGUCAGUGUGAACAGUUCUGUGCGGCUCUUGGGCGGAACGAGAAUAUCGCUGAUAGAGUCUCAAUGACUGGCAUUGGUUAUCUCACGACCGAAUCGAUGCAACUACGAGCGAGAUGGAGGCUCGGCAAAGUUACAAGUCAAGUGUAUUUCAACAUGAAGAAUUUGCGGUGCGAGCAGUUUGUCUAUGAAGGACGAGGAGGCAACGACAAUCAGUUCGAUACUCUCAGCGACUGCGAGCGUUACUGUGCACCUCAGCCUGGACCACACAGGUAUGUCACUCAGCCACCAACAACAUCUGCACGUCCACCAGCGCCUGCUCCAGCUCCAGCUCCAGCUCCCCAACAGUCGCUUCGCCCCAUCGCUGCUCAACCGCUGCCAGACAGGCAAACAAUCGACGAUAUCCUGGACUACGACGAAAAGCUGUCUCAAUUCAUCGAUAAGUCGGACUCCUCCACCUUUGCACCCGCAAGCCAUGCCGCUGGCAACUCGAUCGACAACAGGGCUCCUUCUCCUUUAGCGCCUGCCCCUCAAGUACCGGCCUCCGUUCUUUCGCCUGGCGCCCAGCCAAGACCGCCAGCGGUACAGGCUGCUAAAACGGUCGUCCAUAGGGAAAGAACUCCUGAAAAAUCUGCCGAAAAGGCUGCUAUUCCGGAACAAAGGAAGGAAAUCUACAAGGCAGAACCUCUUCCCUCCAAACCACCUGCCACGGGUAACGAAAACCUUCCAAUCGUUGGUCCAAGCCCACCGAUGUCGGUCAAUUACCAGACCGGAGAGGUACUUAAGAUUUCUGAAAGCUCACUUAUGUUAAUAACUAAGGACAUUCAAGAUCUCACUGAAGCCGAGGAAGAAAGGAGAGAUGCGCUGUCGUGUCCCAACGGACUGCAAGAACUUCGAUACGCGGAUGGACGACCGGUCAUGUGCCUUCCAGGAAAGAAUCAGUGCCCGGAGAAAUCAUCGUGUUAUUUCAAUGGAGUGGACUUCUUCUGUUGCCCCAACGAGGAGGAUCCCUACGACAAGCACGUGUUCGGAGGCUACGACGGUGAGGAGACGAAGCAUGGCUACAAGGUGUUUGGACCUUUGAACAUCCGUCGCCUUAUGGACGAGGUGCCACUUCGAGUUCGUCGAGAUGUGAGAUCAGUUCGAGCACGACGCCAAGCCUCAGAUAGCGUCUUCAGCUCUGGACCUGCUGCCUUCAACAUCGACUCCAUCACCGCGCCACUGCGCUUUGACGAUGAGAAACCUCGCACGGUUUCCCGAGCUCAACGAAUGCGUGCCAAGCCGUCUCCACCGCAUCACGGAAACCCUAUUUGUAUCGAGCCCUUGGCUACCGGAGACUGCGAUGCUGCGCAUCUG